GACGGAGAAGACGACCUUGUAAAAGAUGGACGAGGGAACGGAUUUGUCUCUGACCAUCUCUCAGAUUGUCCAGCGGCUGAGGGGAAGCCAUCUGCACUCUCAGAUGGAGAGACAGGCCAAAGAGUGUUUGCACCAGCCCGAAAUAAAACUGGAGUCGCUCAAAGAGGACGUGCGCAAUUUUCUCAAAACGUCAGGGUGGGAAAGAAAGCUGCAGAAUGCUGUAUAUAGGGAAAUACAUGUCCAGCCCCCCCCAAGCCAUCCCGGGGCUCCUCUGGCACAUCUGAAAGAACCGCUGGCCUACAUGCGCGAGGCACAGGCCAACUGGGAGAGGAGAAUCCUCAAAAGUCUGAACAGCAUGAGUACGGAGCUGGGAGUCCCGCUGGCUCGCAAGAGACCUGCCGUGGAGCAGAAGGAGUUCAUCAACAAGUGGAAUGAGAUGGGCACAGAUGAACCAGAUGUAAGUCAUGUCAGGCCCGUCUAUGCCCCGAAAGACUUCCUAGAGGUGCUGAUCAGCCUGAAGAACCCCAACCACGACAGCAGUGAUGAGGUCAGCGUCAGGAGCCACUGGGGUCUCAUCCAGGUACCCCUGAAUGUCCGGGAUAUCCCACAGAUGAGAGAGGCCUUUUCAGAGCUGAGCCUGACCACAGGACAGAUGGGCAUCGACGACCACACCCAUGUACAUCCAGACUUGUUUGAAAGCGAGUAUGUACACAUCGGAAAGAAAGUGGUUAUGGAGCAGGACAGUGCUGCAGCACAGCAGUACAGCAGGCAGGGUUGCCCUACAGGGCUGCGGGCGGACCUGUGGGCCCUUAUCCUCAACUCCACUAACCAGCCACAGGAUGUGAUGCACUACGAACAGCUGAAGGCGGGGGUCAUCCAACACGACCUGCUGGUGGACAGCCUCAUCUACAAGGAUGUAAAGCUCACAGCCAGUAAUGAUGACCACUACUUCGUGUUUGAAGAUUUCCUCUACCAGGUGUUGCUGUGCUUUUCUCGAGACACGGCCAUCUUGGAACACUUCAGCUACAACAGCGCCACCCCUCCUAAAUCCUACAUCCAGGGGACGGCAGGAAGUGAGGAGUGUGCUGUCGUGUAUCCUCCAAAUGGUGUCAUCCCGUUUCACGGCUUUUCAAUGUAUGUGGCGCCCCUGUGCUUCCUCUACAAUGAGCCGUCCAAGCUGUACAGUGUCUUCAGGGAGAUGUACGUGCGUUACUUCUUCAGACUGCACUCCAUCUCCUCGUCUCCCUCGGGUAUCGUGUCCCUGUGCUUGCAGUUCGAGCGUCUGCUGCAGACUCACCUCCCCCAGCUCUUCUACCACCUGCGACAGAUAGGCGCACAGCCGUUGCGUAUUGCCUUCAAGUGGAUGGUACGCGCCUUCUCCGGCUAUCUGUCCACUGACCAGCUGCUCCUGCUCUGGGAUCGCAUCCUGGGCUACGAUUCUCUGGAGAUAGUUGCAGUCCUAGCAGCUGCCGUGUUUGCCUUCCGCGCUGAGAAUCUGAUGGAGGUGACGUCACUGGCUUCAGCUGAGGCCGUCCUCGCCGACCUCUCGACUCUGAAGGUCAUGCCACUCAUCCAGAUUUUCCUCUUCGCCACCGCUGUCUAAGGAUGGGUCAGUGUCUGUUUGUGUGUGUGUGUGUGUGUCUGUGUGCGUGCACGCAUACAGUACAUACCACUUGGGCAAUAACGAGAGACCACAAAAGAGCCAGUCCGCCGCCAUGCUGCUCCCAUGCUAGCGCCAUCGAUCAUCUAUUGAGGGUACGACCUAAUGUCUGACCACCGGGGACAUUCCCCACUUUAAUAAUUACUCUUGCAUAAGGUCAAGAAACCACCCAGACCCCCUCAGCACGCAUGCUCUAUAAAUAAUAUUGACCACGUAUCAUGUUAUUAGAUAUUAUACGGUAUGUAAGUAUAGCCUGCGGACGAGCAAGGCUACCAUAGUCUGCUUAAGCCAUAUGCCCUGGGUGUAAGACGAUAUGCACGCCAGGGCUCGGGCCAGCGCCAUAGCUCAUUAGGACACCAGUUGCAUGAAGCAGUUAAUUGUGUUGCGAUAGCAUCAUGUGAGAGAACAACGGCAUCGUCUCCGAGCCCGUUUAAUGAAGUGUUAAUUAGAUUUCGCAGCUUACUCUGCCCUGUCGCUGCCGCAUGUUAAAGCACCAUUAGAUAGACGGGGCCGGCUGAUUAGCGAGAAGACUGGAAGUUCUACGACGUGCCACCGCUUUGGAAAACAGCGGAAAGCCACAGACGUCUGUGUUCCGCAACUGUUGUCGUGAAAAGGUUUUGAGUUGUCUGUACUGCGGACGAACACCGAGAAACACCUCAUGACUGCUUUCUAAUGAGAAGAGCGAGCUCUUUGACUCACAGUAUUUAUUUUGUUAAUUUAUGGAAGUCUGUUUUCUGUUGUUGUGUUUUGAAUCUUCCGUGCUGCAUUUCAUAUAUUGUCCCUCACAGGUGCUCUCAUUCCCUGUUUUCCUGACUGUAUUACCCACUGUAGUAUUACUCCGUGACCUUUCUUUUGAAUGUUUUCGAAUGUGGUUUUGUUGUUUUUUUUUUGCAGUUUCAGUCUUAACAAUAUUCGUUGC